UCAAUCAGGAAGUGGAGAAAACAACUAAAGAAGAAGAAGAAGAAGAAGAAGUUGGAUACAAAAAAAACAACAACAAAACCCGUCGUCUCGGUUACUUUCGCCGUCGUUCGAAGUCGGCGGUUGGGAUCGAGAAUUCGAAACGCGUUCCAACGGUCAUGGAAAGCAUUCUCCCUUGUUAGAACCAAGUACUAUCUCGGACACAGCCAGCGCGUCGGUGUCGGUCAGGAGGGUACAUAGCCUAAAUCAGCUGGUGGUCAUGUGUGAAGCUGUGGUCUGAUGCCCACCCUCCCCUCAGCGCUGGCCAUGGACGGGGAGAACUACCUGCAUCCAGAAGGCCCUCAGCUGGACAGCAGCUUGUUCUCUGUGGCCCCCUCUAACAUGGAGAGUUCAAUAUAUUCCCCCUCUGGUUCCUGGGGAUCCUACUCUCAGCAGGCUGAAUACAGCAUACACUGCCCUAUGCAAUCUGGAAACCAGCAAUACCACUUGAACAGCAGCACUACCACCACCACUCCGGAUGUGCACAUGGACAUGUACUCGGGAUUCCCUGACGUGGACUUUUCCAGCCUCAACCUCCCCAGGAAUGGAGACUUCCCCCAGGACCUGUCCUGCAUUGAUGACCUCUCCACAAACUCCCUGUUCUCCUCUCCGGCUGACUCACUGUCGGAGUAUGCUGAUGCUCAGCCCUUCAUCAGCCCAGACAACCUGAACACAGUGCCCACCCUCUGGGACGUCAACACUAGUACCACCACCACCACCACCACACCAGCACAGAGCCAGCUCGAGCUGAAUGGCACCAGCAGGUUUCAUGGCUUGGCCAGUUUGGAUGAUAUAACUGCUAUUAUCAGCACCCCACCUUUAGGAGGAUUCCAGCCUCAGAGAACACAGACGCCCACAGAGGAGGAAGAGGAUGCUGAGGAAGAGGAGACAGAGGAACUGGGACAUGUAGACACAUAUGCUGAGUACAGACCUUCCAAAUCCACUAUAGGAAUUUCUCAUCCUGACAUAGUGGUGGAGACCAACACGCUAUCCAGUGUCCCUCCUCCUGACAUCACAUACACCCUGUCCAUCCCAGAGCCAACUAUAAACUGUGGUCUGCUGUCCGCUCUGCAGCUAGAGGCCAUCAUCUACGCCUGCCAGCAACACGAGGUUAUCCUUCAGAACAACCAGAGGGCAGGCUUCCUGAUCGGAGAUGGAGCAGGGGUUGGAAAGGGACGCACUGUGGCAGGAAUCAUCCUGGAGAACUACCUUAAGGAAAGGAAGAAAUCACUAUGGUUCAGCAUAUCCAAUGACCUGAAAUUUGAUGCAGAGAGAGAUCUCAAAGACAUAAAUGCACCGAAUAUUCCUGUGCAUGCCUUAAACAAGAUUAAGUAUGGAGACACAGCUACCUCAGAAGGAGUCCUGUUUGCGACUUACUCUGCGCUGAUUGGAGAGAGCCAGGCGGGAGGGCAGCACCGGACGAGAAUCAAACAGAUCCUGGACUGGUGCAAGCCAGACUUUGACGGAGUUAUUAUUUUUGACGAAUGCCACAAAGCCAAGAAUGCCACCUCUACAAAGAUGGGCAAGGCAGUGCUUGACCUGCAAAACAAGCUGCCAAGGGCCAGAGUGGUGUAUGCCAGUGCCACAGGUGCCUCUGAGCCAAAGAACAUGAUCUACAUGAGCCGCCUGGGAAUCUGGGGUGAGGGCACGCCCUUCAGGGCCUUUGAGGACUUUCUGCACGCCAUCGAGAAGAGGGGUGUCGGCGCCAUGGAGAUCGUUGCCAUGGACAUGAAGGUGAGCGGCAUGUACAUCGCCCGGCAGCUGAGCUUCUCAGGAGUGUCGUUCCGCGUCGAAGAGAUCGGACUGGACAGUGACUUCAAACUGGUCUACAACAAAGCUGCCAUACUGUGGGCGGAGGCGCUGCAGGUGUUCAUGCGUGCGGCCGAUGAGCUGGGCCUGGUCAGCAGGAAGUCUCUGUGGGGGCAGUUCUGGUCGUCUCACCAGCGCUUCUUCAAAUAUCUCUGUAUCGCUGCCAAGGUCCGCUGCCUGGUGGAGCUGGCCCAAAAGGAGCUGCAGGCCGGAAAGUGCAUCGUCAUCGGGCUGCAGUCUACCGGAGAGUCCCGGACCAGAGAAGUCCUGGAUGAGAACGACGGGCAGCUCGACAGAUUUGUCUCUGCAGCAGAGGGUGUAUUCCAGUCUCUUGUAACGAAGCAUUUCCCUUCAGAGAAACAGAGGAGAGAGAAAGCACCGGGAAAUAAGAGAAAACGGAAGCCUAGAGGUCGCCAGCCGAAGGUACCGAAGCACACCGUGGACAGCGGGGGUGUGAUCAACAUCAGCGAUGACAGCAGCAGUGACUCGGAUGGCAUGGACACGGACUCCAACUCCUCACCUGACUCCCUGCUAGACAAUGAUGAUGUCAUCUUUGUCAACCACACUAGCUGUCAGACAGCCAGAAUAGAGGAUAUGAAGCAGGGCCUCCUCAACAAAAUAUCCGUGCUGGGAAAAGAACUACCUCUCAAUACCUUGGACGAGCUCAUCGAUAAGUUUGGAGGACCAGAUAAAGUCUCAGAGAUGACUGGUCGUAAGGGUCGUGUGGUGCGGCGUCCUGAUGGCAGCGUUCGUUACGAGUCCCGGGCUGAGCAGGGUCUCACCAUCGACCACAUAAACAUCAAGGAGAAAGAUCGCUUCAUGGGUGCAGAGAAGUUUGUUGCCAUCAUCUCAGAGGCGGCCAGCUCUGGGAUUUCCCUUCAGGCGGACAAGCGAGUGAAAAACCAGCGGCGCCGGGUCCACAUGACCUUGGAGCUGCCUUGGAGUGCAGACAGAGCCAUUCAGCAAUUUGGUCGCACCCAUCGGUCCAAUCAGGUGACGGCCCCAGAGUACAUCUUCCUCAUCUCAGAAUUGGCCGGGGAGAGACGUUUUGCGUCCAUUGUGGCUAAAAGACUAGAGAGCCUGGGUGCGUUAACCCACGGAGACAGAAGAGCCACAGAGUCCAGAGACCUGAGCAAGUACAAUUUUGAGAACAAGUAUGGUACCAAGGCUCUAGACAAGAUCACCAAAGCAAUCCUUGGCCACAUAGAAAACAAGGUGCCCCCUCCCAAAGGCUACCCUGCAGGCGAGGCCUUGUUCUUCAGAGACAUGAAAAUUGGAAUGAUGGAUGUGGGCAUCUUCUGUAGGGAGUCUCGCUUUGGGAUCAAUACUGAGAAAGACUGCAGCAUUACCAAGUUCUUAAAUCGCAUCCUGGGCCUGGAAGUCCACAAGCAGAACUAUCUGUUCCAGUACUUCACGGACAACUUUGACUACCUAAUUGAGAAGGAUAAGAAGGAGGGCAAAUAUGACAUGGGAAUCCUAGAUCUCGCCCCGGGUAACGAUGAGAUCUAUGAGGAGAAGCAGGAAACUUUCUUGACAGUUGGAAAUCCUCAGGAUGGACAGGUUGUUCUCUAUAAGAUCAGUGUGGACCGAGGCAUGCCCUGGGACGAGGCCUACAACAGGUCGCUGAAGCUCAGCAGUCCUGAUGAGGGAUUCUACCUGUCCCUGAAGCUGCGAGGAAACCACCCGUGUGUGCUGCUAGCGGAGCAAGGACGAGGCAAGAACCUCAUCGUCUACAAGCCCAAUAUUGGCAAGCAGACGCACCCCGAGAGCCUGGACAACCUGCAGCUACGCUACCGGAAGGUGACCCCAGAGGAAGCCAAGGACAGCUGGGAGAACCAGUUCACCUUCUCCUUCAAGAAGUGUAGCCAUGCCAACUGGAAUGGGAAGUGCAAGAAAAUAGAGGAAGGUCAGGAGUGUCUGCAGGGCAUGCGCCUCCGUCAGUACCACAUGUUGUGUGGCGCUCUGCUGCGUGUGUGGAAGCGCGUAUCCGAUGUGGUGUCUGAACUCACCAACUCCAGCAUCCUGCAGAUCGUCCGCCUUAAAACCAAACAGCACAACAAGCAAGUCGGUAUCAAGAUCCCAGAGAACUGCGUGGCCCAUGUGCGCAAGGUGCUGGUGCAGAUGGACGAGGAGGUGAAGAGGAGGCGGAAGGAGAGGGAGCAGCGGCAGGCCGAGGAGCGCGAUCGCAAAAUGGAGCACGACAACAAACACCUCCUGGCCAAUCUGAUGCUCAACCAGUCCCUCGCCCAGAAACUGAACCAAAGGACGCAAACUGGGAGCAUCUCUCAGCUGCCGAGGCCGCAAGCCCAGAACCAGUCGGCUUUACAGCAGAACUUACCCCUGUUGUCCUUACAUAGAAACCUCAGUCAGCAAAGGACCCAUAACAGCUGGCCCAACAAUUCCACCAACAACAACAACAACCAGGGCUCCGCCUCCAACACGGUCAGCAUCCGCUCCAACUUCUCCCAGUUUUACCCCCAACCCUUCGUGUUUCAACAGCUGAAGGGUGUCCAUCCGAACACCGGCGUGUCUUCCAAGAAUCCUCUGGAUGAGAUCUUGGACCUGACCAUGGGCUCGCCGUCCCCCUCCCCGGACAGCACGGAGGUGGGACUGAAUCUGGACAGCCUAGGGGGACACUCGACUGCGUUCGUAGAGGACUUUAACCUGGAGUCCCUGAUCUCUCAGACUCCAUCCAAUGCCCAGCACGCUGCACAUAUACAGCAGCCUCUUUUGCUACAGCAUCAGCAGCAGCAGCAGCAUCUACUGGCCACAAACCACCAAGACUUAUUAGAUUUAUUUGACUUGCCCCUGUCCCCCCAGAUGCCCACACAGAAAGCCAGCCCCUCGUCCUCUACCUCUUCCUGCUCUUCCUCCACGUCCUCCACCUCGAACAACCUGGUCCCACACGUCCACGCCGGCCUCCUGCCCGCGUCCAGCCUCAUCCCGACGUCGUCCUCCUCGUCCCUGUUCUCCAGCCCGUCCUCGUCCUCCUCUCUGUUCUCCAACUCCUCCCCCCGCUUCUCUUCCAACUAUCUCCCCGCCCAGUUGGACUCGCUACCUUUACCCAACGGCCACUCCGCCGCCCUCGACGCCCGCGAGGCCCUGAACAGCAUGCUACAGGGACCGGACCGCAAGUCUGUCAUUAAGUACCGGCCACCGGAGUGAGAGCUUGAGCAGCAGCAGCAGCUCGUCUGGACUUUUGUUUCGUUUUUUCUUUUAGGUAUUUUUUUUGUUUGUUUUCGUUUUGUCUUUUUAAAGCAGAUCUUGUCUCGUUUGCUGCUGUCUAUGAUCGCAACCUCGGACCUACUCCCUCUCCCCUCAGGGCCUAUAGUCACGUCACUGCCUGUCCUGCGCUCGGCUCACCCUUCUCUUUAUCCACCUGUAGCGUUCACCUGCUUGAGGCUUGUUUAGGCGACAGCGGGCUCCAUCAAUAUAUCAGAUUUCUGCACCAAAGUGUGUCCUCCACAGUGAAAGGCAGCUGUUAAACAAACAAACAAACAAAAGAUAAAUAAACACGUGAUAACUGUAUUUUAUUGAACAUACGAGCUGUCAAAACAAAAAGGCUCAUUCAUUGAGGUGUGGAAAUCUUUAACAAACCUCCCGCUGCUGAUUUUACGAGGUAUGAUUGGUGAAGUUGCUGGAAGCUCUCAAUGCCUUUCACCAGUUUUUCAAUAAACCACAUCUUUUUAGACUUUGCUUUACUGUUACUUCUGCUUCAUGGCCGUUUGUCUUGACUAAAACAAGGCUGUAUGCAAGGCUCGGGUUUGAGUGAAACAAAAGAUAGCAUUGAACUGGAAGAUGAGGAGAAAAAAAACAAACAAACCCCCACCCAGAUGAAAUCUUUUAGCUGAUAAGCCAUGAAAUGCCUCAGUUCUCUUCUUCUUUUUGUGUUGUUGUUCUUCUUCAUGCUCCCUCUUGUUUCUCUCCCUGCUUGUAUGAACACUAGUGUGAGGGAAAAGGGAGAGGAAGAGCAGUCUGCUGUUGCAAACAGUGCCUUUGGAGAAAUCUAUAAAUGCAGUCUUUAAAAAGUCCAUGUAGCCUAAUGUAUAGAUUUGUACUCUUGAGCGUUGGUUUUUCAUUUUAAUUUAAACAUGGUAUAUUUGUAUUUAACUUUUAGCCCCCCCCUCCUCUCGGUCGUUGUUUGUGUUACACUAUGCUGGUGGUGGGUUUCAGGAAGAAGCCUCCAUUAAGCCCGUUUGUGCUCGUAUGAUUGUCUGUGGAGCAUCAGAUUUGUCCUUUUUUUUUUUUACUUUUUUUUUUUUCUGUGUCCUUCUGUCCCUGUUGACGCGACAAUAUGCUACAUGGUCAGUAUGGCACGGAUUAUUGAGCAGCAUGGAUAAGAAAUGUGUCCAAAAAUUUGAUCACCCCUUUUUUUCCCUUUUUUUUUAAAGCUGACAAUAACAUUUAGUGAUGUGACUCCUGGUUUGAUCAGAUUUUUUGAAUUUCUCAGGAAAGUCUUCAGUUCUUUUGUUGUUGUCGUCAUUUUGACCGACAAACCUAUGGAAAUUCAUUUUUAAGUCUUUUUAAAUACGGUGGAUGACAAAGAAUUUCAAGGUUCUAUCGUCUUGAGGGCUUGAAAAUUAAACAAAAAAAAUAUUCCUCAUGAAAUAUUUUUUCAUUUCUACCAUCAAGACUUUUAGAACAUUUGAAACUUUGCCAGACUUGUGACGUUCACUGUGUAUGAUAGUAGAUAUUUUAAAAAAACAAACCUGUGAGAUCUGGCCAUCUUUGUGUGAAAACGAUGCACUGUAGUUGGUCCAUGACAUUAAAACAAUGCCGGGAUAAGUUCAAGUGAUCAAAAAGCAAUAAAACCAUAUUCUACAUUUGUUGUGAAACAGAAAUGCCUAAGUACUGUUUACGCUCAACAGGCAAAGCUUUGUGGUUACCUUUGCAUGGUAUGAAUCUUCUUAUUUCUGUUGUGCUUCAUGGUCCUUUUUUUUUUUCUUUUCUUUUAGUUAAACUGAUUCUGAAAUGCAUACAACCUUUUUGUAUAGUACGUUUUCACGGGAUGAGCGCAAUGCGUUCUUGAUGUUUUUAGUCAUCGUUAUUAUAAAAGUUAUUGUUAUUUAUAUUUAAGGGAUAUUUAGAUUUUAGAUAUGUUAUCCUGCUUAUUAGAAUAGUUAACGAAAAAUGUUUGGUCAGGGAAGUUUCUAGUUUUCAAGAUUACUAUAAAACAAAUUCUAUUAUAAUCUGCCACCAAAUAAGAUUGCACUGUUCUGCACUGCUGUACAGUGUCUGGAUUUUUUUUUUUUUUUUCAAUUUCUGCUUACUUCAGUUUUGCUUUUCUCAAGUAGAAUUGUUUCUCCAACUCGUAGACCUUUUGCCAGGCCUCCAGUUCGCAGAGAGAUACCAAAGUAUUCCACAGACACCCCUAAAGUUACUGGCUCGAAGAUAUCAGACCUUUUUUUUGUCAAUCUCAGGAAGAAAACCUACAAGAGGUGUAACGGCGGGGGCGUUAGCAGAAAAUAUAUAUAUAUAUAUAUAUAUAUAUAUAUAUAUAUCAUUUCCCCCUCGUAACCGUGGUGAAACUAACCAGUACAUGUGCUAUUCUGUUCUUAACUCUGUGCUGUGACUCUUGCUGUAUUUAUGUUUUAGACUUAAUGUGAUGGGUUUUGUCGUUUUGUCCUUGUGAACAUGUCAGUGAUUUUAAAUGUUUAUGCCUUCUUAGGGCAAAGAUCAACGGCUGUUUCUUUUUUUUAAGGAACAUUGGUUUUUUUCUGGGGUUUUUUUUUUUUUUUUUCCGUCUUGUGUUGGACAUUUUAAUUCACGUUAGAGCCGGCAGAUUCUUUUUUCCGAGUCGAUUCGCACCCUGGGUUAUACUGAUAUGUGCAAUUGAUCUGUCCAAGCCUUCACGCCUCCCUUUAGUGCAACAGAUGUUUAGACUCACAGGAUCUCAGAUUUCUUGUUAAUGCUUCUUUUUAUUUAAUUUUUUAUUUGCAGGAUCUUAUUAUAUAGCAUGUUUUCCUGGUACCCUCAUUAAUGUUGCUUUUAAUAUUCCUCGUCAGGCACAUUCCAGUCUGCAAAAGAUCUGCCUUAGAUUUUGUGUUUUAGUCACACAAAUAAAGCUUUAUGCAUUUGAGGGAUAUGGACCGCAUUUUUAGGAAGAAAAAAAAAAAGCUUUUGUUUUUUUUUGUUUUUAAAGAUUCGUAGUUUAAGUGUAGUUUAUCGUUUAUCGUUUUAUUAUCAUUUUGCACUAAGAAUGGCAUAAUCAAGUUACUGUUCUCUUGUGGGUUAUGAUUGAGCAUUGCAAGCUUGUUUUUUUUUCUGAUCUUUGAUGGAUAGCUCUGUGUAUACUGUAACCAUCCUCCUUGUUUCUCCACCAUAUUACAUACAUGUUAUCACUCUCAAAAAAAAUAAUUUAUUGCUAACAAAAAAAAUGAAACAAAAAACAUGCUACUGAUUGUAUGUAUUUUUAAACAAAGCCUAUUUUUUCUGUAAAAAAAAAGAAAAAAAAAGAAACUGUGUUCAGCACUUUUAUUCUGGGUUGUGCUUUUGUUUUCUAUAUAUUUAUAAUUUAGAUCCAAAUGUAUAUAUUGUAAAAUUUGUGCCUUUCGACUAAUUCUUUAAAAAGGUUUUCUACUCAUUAAAGGAAGGACUAUAUGAAAAUGCAAUCUUAACUUUGUAAACAAAUAAAAAC